AUCUUUGAAACACCACCGGGACUUGGUCACCAGGGGGUGGAUUGCUGAGGAUACGGCUCUGCCCUCUGCACUCAGGACAUGUAUGGCUGAAGGGCUCAGCCCCUUGCCUGGCUGCAGGGCAGCGCUGUUCUCCUUCCCACCAUGUGAGCUGGCACACCUGCACAGCAAAUAGCUGCCUUUUUCAAAGAAUGAGCACAUGCCGAUGGUGCACACAGAGUGGUGCUGACACCACCGAGUUCCUGAGGCACUAUGCUGCUCAGAGGCUGUCCCAGGAAGAUUUUGAAGGCUCCAAUGAUGACCUCUGUUACUGCCUGGAGUGUGUGGUUGAAUACCACAAAGCAAGGGAAGAAUGUCCAAGAUUGCAUGAGGACCUGUGGGAUUUGGAAACCUCCCGUCUCAUUGCCCACAUGGAGAAAUCCAUGAAUGAGGAAGCAGGAGAAGAUGAGCUGUUUCUGGUUGAUGAGCAUGGGGAGACACCUCUGUCUGGUUAUGUGGGCCCAAAUUUUGAGAACAACCUGCGAGUGCCCCUGCUGGAAAUACUGAAAUACCCCUACCUGCUGCUGCAUGAGAAAGUCAGUGAGCUGUGUGUAGAAGUGCUCUGCAGAAUGGAACUAAGUCAAGACUCCUUUCAGGUCUUUGAGAAAUAUCCAGGAAUUUAUCUCUUUUUGGUCCACCCAAAUGAGGUGAUUCGUCGAUGGGCCAUCCUAACAGCAAGGAAUUUGGGAAAGGUUGACAGGGAUGAUUACUAUGACUUAGAGGAAGUGCUGACUUGUUUGUUCAAAGUUAUUGAGUUGGGGCUUUUUGAGAACCCAGAUAUUUACAGCUCUUCAAUGUUUGAAAAGGGUAAACUCAUCCUUCUGCCAGCUCAUUUGUAUGACACAGCCAACUACAAGAACUAUUGGCUGGGAAUUUGCAUGUUGCUGUCAGUGCUGGAAGAACAAGCUAUGGACUCUUUGUUACUGGGCCCAGACAAACAAAAUGAUUUCAUGCAGUCUAUACUUCACACUAUGGAGAAAGAAGCAGCUGAUGAUUCCACUGACCCCUUCUGGCCUGCCCUACACUGUUUCAUGGUUAUUUUGGAUCAGCUGGGGUCUAAAGUUUGGGGUCAGCUGAUUGAUCCUGUCCAAGCCUUUCAAACCAUAAUCAACAGUGUCAGCUACAACAACGAAAUCAAAAAUAUUCGCAGUAGUUUUAUGAGGACAAAAGCUGAACCACAAUCAGACUAUGGUGAUGACAUGAUGUCCUGCAGUCAGAUUGUAUAUAAUUAUAACACAGAAAAGCCUCAAAAGGACACUGGCUGGAAGGCUGCCAUUUGCCCCGAGUACUGCCCCUACAUGUAUGAAGAUAUGCAGACCCUGGCUAACAUGCUUCAGUCUGACAUAGGCAGAGACAUACGUGUCCAUCACAGCACAUUCCUCUGGUUCAUCCCUUUUGUUCAGUCCCUCAUGGAUCUCAAGGACUUGGGCGUAGCCUAUAUAGUAGAGGUCAUCCACUACCUCUGCUCCGAAAUCAAAGACAUCCUCAUCGAACGAUUCCAGGAGUGCGACAAAAUCUCCGAGUUCUUCCUCCUCAUCUUGGUGUCCAUUGUUGAGCUGCACAGGAGCAAGAAGUGCCUGCACUUGCUGUGGAUCAGCUCCCAGGAGUGGGUGGAGGCGGUGGUGAGGUGUGCCACGCUGCCCAGCAGAGCCUUCACUCGCUGCAGCGAGAAGGCCCCGGGGCUGUUUGCCAAGGGCUCGGCCGCGGGCUCCUUGCAGGCGCCCAGCUCGGUGCAGCACGCCUGCGUGCAGCUCAUCCGCAGCCUGCUCAAGGAGGGCUACCAGCUCGGCCAGCACGCCCUCUGCAAGCACUACCUGGACAAACUGAACCUCCUCCUGCGGGGAAAUCGAGCUGUGGGCUGGCAGCUGAGCAGCCAGGAAACCCAGGAGCUGCAAAUGUGCUUAAAGCAAGUGAUAAGAAGUAUAAAGGGCAAAGCACUGAGCAGCUCUUUGGCUGGAGGGAGCAAGUCAAGCUCAACAGCUUUGCCGAGUGUCUCUACAAAGCAGGAGAGGAAUGUGUGUGAUGAUGGAUACAAGAUGAGUGGACAUGAGAGGAGAGACCUUUGUUCACCGUUUGUCAUGUCAAAGGAAGGCAGAGAUUGUCAAGAGAACCCUUUGCAUAGGAGAAAGAAUGCCUGGGAGGAGGAAUGUAGAGAUGCAUGUAGAAGCUCAACAUCUUGCACAUCCACAGGAGGCCUCUUGAUGAAUAUUAAAAAAGAGCCUAAUGACUUGACAGAUCAGGAGUUUGUCUUCCCCCAGAACUCUUUGGCAACAAAAGUAUGUGGGAAAGUUCAGGAAAAUAGGAGCUCUGACCUUGUGGCAGGGAAGUGCAAUACGGACGAUCAGUGCUUCAGUUCAAAUACUGAGCAUUCAGAUUUCAGGAGAGGCAGAGAGUUAGAAGUGAAACACAGAGCAGAAUCCAAAACACCAUAUCUGUCUGCUCAGACUCAUCUUGACUCUCCAUCUUCAAGGAGUUGCAAAAGUAUGCAAGAGACAGGUGCAAACAGUGGGUUCCAGUCCAGACUGGUCCCCACUAAACAGGUGUCCAAGGAACCAUCACUGGAUUCCUCUAACUCCUCUAGAAAUGAAGCUGGUGUGCCAGGGAAGGAAGAUGACAGUAGUUUGCUUUUAGGGCAUAAUGACACCUCACUGAAAAAAGUAUCAACAGAAGAAAAAUCAGGUCCAUCGUUGCUGUCUUUCUUUAAGAGGAGCACUAAUGUGCAAACUUCAAACCAGGAGCAGCCUAAUUUAAAUGAUUUGGAUAAAUAUGACUGCAAAAAUCAAUUUUCGGAGACCUCUUGUAGGGAUAAAACUUCAGCAUGUGGUUAUUUUCCAUUUAGCUCUGAAAACAAGAGGGAUGUGAUCAGGCCACUGUCGGUGAAGCAAGAAUCAAGUGACAGGUUGUUUGAGUUUUCAGAAUAUUUCAGGAGGGAAACCAGUUCAGUGGGGAAGAAAGAGGAGAAUUUUGUGAAGACGGUUUCUGAAGAUGAUGAUUCAUCAGACUCCCAGGUUGAUAGAGAACUCAGUAAAUUAUCUUUAGCUGCUUAUGCCAAAAGUCUUAAUUUUCCCGUUGCAUCCAACCAGGAAAGCUCAGUGUACCAAAAUGUGUCUGAUAUUAAAAGGAAAGUGAAAGGUUCUGUAAGAUCUUCCAAUGAGGGCCAAAGUACCAAGUGUCCCAGUGGUGGUGAUCACCCUAGCAAUCAAGUCAUUGUAAUUUCAGACUCUUCUGAUGAAGAAAAAAGUGUGGCUGAGAAGGAGGAAUCAAAAACCAAGAACGAAAAUGUGUGUGCAGAGCCAUCUUCAACUUCCAGCAGCACUUCUGAUAGUGACACUAAAAGAGAAUCAAAGUCUCCAGGCUCUCCCCUGUUACUGGAUGACUGUGAGUCUCAGUAUUUUGAAUUUGAAACAGAAGAUGAGGUUUUUUCAGCUUGGCAAGACACUCAAGCAUAUGCUGUGGAGGCAACUCAGGAGUACAAACAAGACGGUGUUUCACCAGCACCUGAGACAGGUAAUUCACAUGACUGCCAGAAUGAUAACUUAAAUGACUGGGGCUAUGAUCUGCCUUACUUUAGUGAUGAGGCCAUGGAAGAGGCAGCAAGCUCAAUAGAAAAGCAGACAGAAGAUGCUUCUUAUCAGAAAGGAGCUGGUGAUACCAAAGAAGCGAUUAACUCAAUCUUGGAAGAAUCAGUUGGCAAGGAAGAGGCAAAAGCUCAACUGGAGAAAUGUGCAGACAAAGAUACUGCUAAAGGCUUCACCCUGGACUCAAAAGGGCCUGAACCCACAACAUCUACAUCUCCCAUCUCAUUAGCUUCAAAGCUGGCCCUUAAGAAAAAGAGCACAAGCCCACAGAAGCCCACAGCAAAAUGUAAAUCAGCACCAGCUGUUCAGAGAAGUCCUAAAAAACCUCCCGUUGUUAAAGCAGCCAAAAAUAAACCCCCACUGCAAAGCACAACAGAACGUUGUCAGGCUGGCAGGUCGAUGCCUGCUGUGGUUCCUCCGAGGAAGGUCCGGCAGAGCCCUGCUCCAGCAUCAACUGCAGAAAAGCUUGGCCUGAAGAAGGGGCCCCGCAAGGCGUUCGAUUUGUCACAGCCCUCCCUGGAGAGCCUGGCCCUGCUGCGCAGCCACGGCAAAGCUGCGGGCAGGAUUGGAGUCACGCAGAAAAAGAGAACCAAGCAGAUCGAGGCUCAGCGUUUGUCUGUGAAAGGGAAUAAAAAACUGCUGGCCUGCCAAGACCGCCAGUAUCUAAAGUCCAGGAGAAGCGUGAAAAAAUCUGUGGGAAGUUGGGAGAGUAGAAACAAAGUUACCAAAACGUGUGCGAAACCUGUGGUACAAAAGGCUCAAAGUUUUGAACUGGGAGCUAUUAAAGAAUUUGAACACCAAAGGGAGAAAAAAAAAGAGGAGGCUGCUUGUUCUUCUGCCAGUGAGAGAAAAUUUGAGAGCCUCUGUGUGGAGGAGGUGGCAAAUUCCUCUAAAAUGCCUCGUUCUUCAGACUGGAACAGCAAAUGGGAGGGUAGCAGUGUUGUGGUUCCUCCUGUCCCUAUGGAUUCAAGUCUCUCUUCCACUGCACUUGAAGGUGAUAAAGAUGAGCCUUCAGGAAAAGGUUGCACUGUCCUGCCUGAGUGUGAGAUGAAAACAUCAAAGCAAAAUGGGUGUAAAUCAGAUGAAAGCAGUGAUGAAGGUGAUGAUAAUCUGUUUUUAACUCAGUUAGAUCCUGUGGAUAUGGAGUUAUGUUCUCAGGAGGAAAGUGUUCAAGAUGCUGCCAUGGGUAGUAAGAGCCCAGAGGAAAUGGGUGUUGAUGAAAGCCUUCAGCAGAAUGAAGUCUCAGCUGCUGUGAAGUGUAAGGAUAAAGAGUGUAUGGAACAGGUGGAGAAACCUGGAGAGUACUGCAGUAAACACCCAGCCACCAGCCCAGGGGCAGACCACGUGUUUGCCAAGCCUUCUCUCCCACCACCUAAAACAAAAAAACCUUCCACUGCCAAAAUUUUCAGCUCAGCAAGUUCUUCACGGAACGCAGCCUUCAGCAAAGAUCUGGAAGAUGGCACAAAGUUUCCCCCACCUUCAAAAAGCAAAGUGAGCGCGGCCAAACCGCCGGUGCUCAGGCCACCAAUGUAUCCCAAACCUGCACCAGCAGGAAAUCCAACCUGCAAAUCUCCAACUUUCAAACCCCUUAGCUCCAGCAAUGUUCUCCAGUCACAAAAUAAACGCUAUGACAAUGCUUCAAAUAUUUCCAGAGGGCCUGGCCGAGAAACCUCCUCCUCUUUUCUUGGCCAGCAGCGCGAUUACAGCAUUUUUGUUAACCAAGUCCUAAAGUGGACUUAUGAAAUGUUUGAAAACUUCAGCUACUUUGGAACUCCAAAUCAUCUUCUGCAGACCAUAGUAGCUGCUGUUCCUCCCCAUUUUCAGGGCUACAAUGAGUAUUUUGACACAUUUUUUCCCUUGAUGAUGCUCAAUGCCUUUGAAACACUGGCACAAGAAUGGGUAGAAAACCAGAAAGUAAGAGAGAAAGGUUAUUACUUCUACUUAGAGAACUUUUCUGCUGACAUGAAUACAGCACAUUUUACAGCUCAUCUACGAGAGAGUGAUUUGGCAAGGCAGCUCCAUCCAAAGGAGGAUGACUUAAUCCUUUUGAAGGUGCACAAGCAGAAGGACACUUUUGGGGAAGAAAGUGGGCUGGAGUACCACACAGUGAAUCAUGUUGGCUUUGUGACACGUUUUGCUCGUGCAUCUGGCUGUGCAAAUGGACAAAAAGAGCAGCAGACUGCCUGUCAUCUUACUGUGCAAACCCAAGGCAAUUUGUCAUUUUUCAUCCAUAAGCAAGUGAAGUGUGUGGUGGUUGGCUCCUUGGUGACCACACACAGAACAUUCAAAGGUCUCCUGCUGCUGAGCAGGAGCCCCCUGGUUAGACCCAUCAUAAAUCCAAGUUACAAUGACUUCUGUCCCAGAGAUCUGCCUGUUGCCUCAGGAAGUGCUGUUUCAUAUAUGAAUGAAUACAAUGAAGAUCAGAAGAGAGCCAUUGAGACAGCUUAUGCCAUGGUAAAGCAGCACCCAGGACUGCCCAAGAUCUGCCUUAUCCAUGGACCUCCUGGGACAGGGAAAUCAAAAACUAUUGUGGGACUCCUGUCCCGUGUUUUGAGAGAAAACACUAGGAAUGAGAAAACAGCUCGGAAAAAGAAUUCCAAGAUUAAGCCAAACCGUUUUCUAGUGUGUGCACCAUCAAAUGCUGCUGUUGAUGAGCUCAUGAAAAAAAUCAUCAUUUCAUUUAAGGAAAAAUGCCAAAACAAACAGGAGCCUUUGGGAAAUUGUGGUGAUAUCAAAUUAGUGCGACUUGGUCCUGAAAAAUCAAUCAACAAUGAAGUGAGGGGAUUCAGCCUGGAUAAGCAAGUUGAGCACAGAAUGAAAAGAAAGCCAGGUGACUGUGACCAGGACAUUCAGAAGAAGAAAGAAGCUCUGGACCAGAAGCUGGACCUGCUCUCUCGAGAGCGUGCCAUGCACAGAUGUGAGAAGAGAGAGAGUCAAAUGUUAAAUGAUGAAAUUGGGAAACUUGCAAAGGAGAGACAACAACUCGCUUCUCAGCUAAAGGAGGCUCGUGUGCACUCGCAGAAGGUGCAGGCAGACAUCAUCCUGGAGUCUGACAUCAUCUGCUGCACGCUGAGCACCAGCGGCGGGAGCCUGCUGGAAUCGGCCUUCUCCCGCCAGGGCCUGGACCCCUUCAGCUGUGUCAUCGUGGAUGAGGCAGGGCAGUCCUGUGAGGUGGAAACCCUGAUCCCACUGAUCCAUCGCUGUAAUAAACUCAUCCUGGUUGGAGAUCCCAAACAGCUCCCUCCUACUGUCAAAUCAGUAAAAGCUCAGCAGUAUGGCUAUGACCAGUCUCUGAUGGCCCGACUGCAGAAGCACCUGGAGGAGCAAGUGCAGAGGAACGUGCUGCACAGCCUGCCCGUGGUGCAGCUGACAGUGCAGUACAGGAUGCACCCAGACAUCUGCCUCUUCCCAUCCAACUAUGUCUAUGGCAGGACUCUAAAAACUGCCAAGGCAAUAGAGGAGAACAGAUGUUCUUCAGAAUGGCCAUUCCAGCCCUACCUGAUUUUUGAUGUAGCUGAUGGUCGUGAGGAGCGAGACAAUGACUCUUACAGCAAUCCUCGGGAAGUGAAGCUGGUGAUGGAGUUAAUUAGAACAAUUAAGGAAAAGAGGAAGGAUCUGGGCCUUCGUCGCAUUGGAAUAAUUACCCCUUACAGUGCACAGAAAAAGAAAAUCCAGGAACAGCUGGACAGUGUGUUUAAGAAUAACAGCCCAGGAGAGGUGGACACGGUGGAUGCGUUCCAGGGCCGGGAGAAGGAUUGCAUCAUCGUGUCCUGUGUGAGGGCCAACAGCUCCGAGGGCUCUGCUCUGCCACACCUGCAGGCAAACAGCACCAAGGGAUCCAUUGGGUUCCUGGCCAGCCUCCAGCGCCUGAAUGUCACCAUCACCCGAGCCCGCUUCAGCCUCUUCAUCCUGGGCCGGCUGCAGACGCUCAUGGGAGAUGAAAACUGGAAUCACUUGAUUCAGGAUGCUCAGAAAAGAGGCGCCAUUAUUAGAACAACAGAAAAAAAUUACAAGAAAGAAGCUCUCAGGAUUUUGAAGCUCAGGCCACCAGGACAACCCCCAGCCAAAGGAGGGACUGUGACAUCUCCUGUGGUGCAGGCUGCUUCUUCCAGUGGCAAGAGGAGUGAGCCUGGAAAUUCUGGGAGCAGCCCACGAGAACUUGCUGCUGGCCCUGGCCAUGCUGUGCCCCAAGGAAGCCGAGGGCCCACACAGCCUGCAGGGGCUGCAGAUUCCAACAGGGGCAGUGCCCCUGCAUCUCUUGGGGCUCCAGCUGCAGUUCCCAGGAGUGUCAGUGCCCCUGCAGCAACAGAUUCCAGGAGGGUCAGUGCCCCUGCAGCCGUGGGGGCUCCAGCAGCAGAUUCCAGGAGGAGCAGUACCCCUGCAUCUGUUGGGGCUGGAGCUGCAGAUUGCAGGAGGAGCAGUGCCCCUGCACCUUUGGGGACCCCAUCUGCAGAUCCCAAGAGGAGCAGCAGUGUCCCUGCACCCUCGGGGGUUCCAGCUGCAGAUUCCAGGAGGAGCAGUGCCCCUGCACCCUCAGGGACCUCAUCUGCAGAUCCCAAGAGGAGCAGCAGUGUCCCUGCACCCUCGGGGGCUGCAGCACUUGGUGCCAUCCCAGAGAAGCCCCGGGACCCCAGGCUGGCCAGCCUGGCCACUCGAGCUGAAGGCAAAGGGAAGGAGCAGCCCUUGAGGUCAGCCCAGAGCACGCCAGGAUCUGCAGCACAGCAAGGCCUGCACGUGUCCCCAGCUGCCAGGGAUUGGGUGUGCAGAACAGAAAGUGCCAGGAGGGCCCAGCAGGCAGCAGGACAGGGCAGUGUGCUGCCCCCAGCCCCUCCCUCGGGCCAGCACGAGGGUGACCAGAGAGCAGCCGUGUCCAAAAGCGCUUCCAGAGCCCCCAGGGAGGGAGCUCAGAGCAGUGGCAGUGAGUGGAACAAAGACUCUCGUGGUGUGUGCAGGAGACCAUCCCAGGAAUCACCAGAGAGCUCAGAAUCAAGCUCUGCCAAGAGAAGAAAGUUCUUUCACUGACUUCACUGUGGGCUCAUCACUGGAAAUCUAUUCCCAGAUUUCUGUCUAGCAAGGACUGUGUUUUAAAUUAUUUAACGCAGCUGGAGCUCCCAUCUAUUGAUACCACUACUAUCAGAGGAUCUCCUUCCCAUCCUGUCCCUAAUUGUGAAGGGAUUUAAUACCUGACAGAUGGUACCUUAGAGGUUUUGAAAAGGGAAGUUGGGUAGCUGCAUUGCUUGGAAGAGCAGUGGGUUGAGUCAUCUAGGAAGCUGAGGUUGUAAAUGUUUAACAGUGUAUAUUUGUACAGUAUACAGAAUUAUUUUAAGAUAUUUGGCAAAUACAUAGCUUCAUGGUUUUUUGUGUAAAUGCUAAUUUCUUAGAGAUGUAAUUUUUUUAUGAAGAACCAGAGUAAAGCAAAAACAAAACCCAACAACCCCAAAAUCCAAAGGACAGACUUCUUUUCCCUUUGCACUAAUAUGUCUAAUUUAUUUCAUAGCAAAUCUGAGUGUUGAAAAUGUGAUACCAAUGGCUCUUGCUAGUGCUCCACUACUGCCUCAGGGAAGAGUGAGGCAGAUGUACGUUGGUUGAAAAGAGAGAAUUCUACUUAUUUUGUAUAUUUUAUUGCCUGUUUUUAUAGGAAGAAAAGAGUUUUUGUUUAUACAAACGUGCCUUGAGUUUUGCUCUUGCUGCUGCUCUAUCAGUUGGAAUCCCUCACUUGUUGCAGGGGCAACACAAUCUGCAGAUUGAAACCUGGGUGGUCUCUUUGGUCCCACUGUGUCCUGUGAGCAGGGAUCAACAGCACUGUGGAAUCUUGGUCCAAGUUCUAUUAACAGCUAUUGGUAAUAUCACUUGAGUUUCUAUGUAUGAAAUUUUGGAGAUGACAGGGAUGAAAAGGGCAGGUAGAUCUUUCUAGGUGUUACUGCUGGAUUCUUUCCACUGUGCUCAUGAAGAACAUGCAGCCAUUAAAGGAGGAUGGCGAAAAAACCAAAUUAUUUUUAAGAAAACCUUCCUCACAUCAUAACAUUUCACAAUAAAACUGGAAUUAUUUCUGCUAAGAAUUCCUUUGGGUCGCUGUGAAGUAUCAGUGUCUGUUUGCUGGAGCUUGUGUGUGUCUCAGGAGGUGAAGGGCAGCAUUUCACAUGCACUGAGCUUUGUGUGGAGAUAACCUGAGGGUGCAGGGUUGGUGCCAGCUGUGCCAUCUCCACUGAGCAGGGCCUGUCCUGCUGUCCCUUGUCACAGCAGCGUGGCAGUGGCUGUGCUGCAGCAAGUGAGCCACAGUUUUUAGGCAUCAUCUUCAGUUCCAUUUUUGUUAUUGCAGGGAUAAUUCCAGCUUUGUGCUUUGACCUUCUGCCAGGCAGGGCCCAGCUCAGGGAAACACCAGUGCCUUGCUGUGCCCAGCACCAGGAGCUGGGCCAGGCUGUGAUUGCCAGGAAAACUCAUCCCUAAUGCAUCCACACCCAGAACAAGCAUCCUUUACUGGUAGGAGCUGCCUUGGAGGUGUGUGGGGAGGCUUUGAUUGCUGCCUGGGCCUGGCCAGCUCCUUGUGCUGUGCAGGACUGAGGGUUUCAGUGCAAUGGGGAGAAUCUGGGAGAUCCCUGUGAGGUGAGGUCAGCAUCUGUGCAUUGUCCAGCUUUAGUUAUUUGUGGUGUUGCAUUCUGAAUCCUUCAGUGACCCUGACUCCUCCUGGCAGCCCUGUGUGCCCUUCUCCAGCUGCUGAGUGCCUCUGACCUUAACAAACUGGGCAUUUCAGUCACUCCCCAUCACACACUCCAUACCUGUGUGUUUUUCCCCUUUAUGUUAAUAGGAAUAUUUAAAAACUGUCAUCUUCCAAGCCCCUUGGCUCUCGUUGGCAGGGCUGUGCUGCCCUGCCUGCUGUUUGUACUUAGCACAUUAAGAGGCUGCUGCUCUGCAAACCCCAUGGCUGUGGAAGCCAUUUGGACUGUCUUGAUGUAAAUAAAGUGAAGCUGGCAACAAAAUGAACGAGGAAAUGCUUUUCUGGUUAUUAAAAGCAAUUUGGUGACUAGAAUGUUGCUGUGAAACUUUUCUUCUAGUUUCCUUCCUUACCUUGCAUUUCAGAACGUGUUCUGAGAGCAGUGCUUGGCACGUGCUGGAAGGAAUUUUGUUUUAACAUUUUAUUUUAGUUAUAUUCUAUAAUGCCUGUGUUUAUCCAUAAAUCAUCUUUGAGGUAUAUUCAGUGGCCCAGACCUUUUUGCUGGUUUAAUACUAGAUUUAUCUGACUUAAAUUGUCAGUCUUCAGCAGUAGAUUAUUGCUGCCAUGUCAGUCUGUGUCAUUAGUCCUUUAUUUGUCAAUAAAAACAUGCUUGGGUUAUUGCACUUAGACACUUUUCCCUCUUCACAAACCACUCAGUAGGUUUGUAGCUUUAGCUUCUCCUCUUGUUUAUACCUGGAAAACUGAGCAAAAUGCAAUCCAAAGCACACUUCUCACUGGCUCAAAUCUCCAGUGAGGAACAAACAGACCAGGCACAAUUUUCAUAAAUUCUCUGUGUGGUACAAAGCACUGAGUAGUGAUGGGCACUCAGUGUGUAAGCUGUGAGCAGAGACUUGCAGUGGUCAUUUAUAACUCCUCAGAGCUGGUGGCCCUUGGAGUUGUUGGUGGUUACUGAGUGCUAAAGUUGGAAAAGUCCGUAAAGAAAUGUACUCAACACAACUUUAGUAAAACACUUUAUUGGAGGCUGUGCUUGGAAGAAGCAGUAUCAGGUUUUUAGAGAGGCUUCCAUGCUGCUUCCAAGGCUGGAGCUGAAUUCUCAGUGCAAAGCCAGUCCUCUCUGUUCUUGGGAGGGAGGGAAAGUCUCUUGUAAGAGCUGGACCAUGUUUUGUUCAGAGUUUUCAGAGUGUGGAAGUUUCAUUAAUUUAUUCUUUGUACACAAAACAGGCUUUGCAGCAAAGGUGGGAUAUAACUGGUUGUUCCUUUUCCCUUUAAGGUUUGCUGUAGUUAUUUUCCAUGUUGUUGCUGCCAAUCAUGGCGAUGUGAGGGCAUGGCAGGUGCUUGUCUGGUCUGUGUUCCUUGGCUCUGGGUCACUGUGCUGCUCUGGGCUCUGUGUGGGGCACUUCUGUUUAUUUAUCAAUUCAUUCUCUGCUCUGGGAGUGCAGGAGGGAGCUGUUGGCUCCUUGCUGGGUGGGACAAGGGGUGCUGAGAGCUGGAGGUGCCCCUGGACUGUGCCAGGCUCUGUGGGGACAGGAGGGACAUCAGCCUCUCCCUCCUGCCAGUCUCCACUCACAUUCCCAGUGCUGGUGAGACCCUGAGUCCUUGCAAUCCUAAUUAGCAAAGGGGUUUAAUGAGGGGUGCAGGCUGGCAAGGCACUUCUGCUAAUCCAUGGAAUGGGAAUAGCCCUCACCCUGCCACACUCGUGGGGACAAGCACAGAGCAGCCUGGGCUCCCAGAGCAACACAGCAUUUGUUACUGCAUCAACUGGGGCUAAACAACAUUCCCAGACAACACCUGAAAAAUAACAUGGAACUCCAGUAAUUCCAGAGCUGGCUUUUGCUUUUUGGCAAUCUCUGAAGUGUGGAGAGAAGGCUCCCAAAACUGGAGCUGGGCUGUUCAUUCACAGCAGCCCCAUGGAUGAGCAGAACCAUGGUCCUAAAGCUGCAAGAUGCUCUCUCCAUUGUGCAUGAAUAAAUGAUGGAUGAAAUGACUGCUGGAUUGUAAAUGGAAUUUAUAAUGGUAAUGAUAUAAUACAGUCUCUUGCCACAACGGGUCUCUUUUCUUGUCUUUUUAAGCUGCUUGGAAAGGAGCCCAGUGCCUUAUUCUUUAGUGCAAAUAAAUGUAAGCUAAGCAGCCUUGUACAUUGAAUAUCACUGCCAUGAGACCUCCUGGCCAUAUGUACCUGUCUGCUGCUCAGCCCUUGGCUAAUUUGCCACCAACUCCCAGGAAAAGCAUGAUAGAAAUGAAAGUGGUCUGAGAGCACAUUACAUCUGGUACUGGGAAAACACAGAAAACCUGAUUUUAUAGCCUGGUGCAGCUGUGCAGCAUUGCCACUGAUUUCACUGUGCCAUGAAGCAAGAACUCCCUUUGCUACAGAGAAAUCCCAUCAGUUUCCCCUCUGUUUUAACCCCUGCAGUGUUAAACCACAGAGUGUGGUCAGGAUGAGAAAUCCCAUCGUUUUCCCCUCUAUUUUAACCCCUGCAGUGACACAGAGUGGGGUCAGGAUGGAGCUUUUGGACCCUGCUUAUUGUUGCUGGCAGUUAUGUGGUGAAAAUGGGUGGGUUUAGGCUUUCCUCACACGUUUCACCCUGCAGUGAAAGUUGUUAGAACACCUUGAGAAUCAAAAAGCCAAAGGAGCCUUCAGGAGGGUCUGAAGCUUUUCUCUGCAUCUCAAAUCAGGAUGGGAUUUUUUAGCCAUUUUCUGUGUGAUCGUGGCCAAACUCUCCAGCUCCCAGCCAGAAGGGCUGAGAAGAUGUGAAUAUAAAGCUCUCCAAAACCCAGCUCUGCUCUUAUUUCUGAGCAACAACAUUCAGCUCUUCCUUUAUACUUUGUUUUAUUUACAUUUGAGGCUUCUCAUGAAAGCAAAUUACAGAGCAGAACAGGGCAGUGAGACCAUUUUAUUCCCAUUAAAAAGUGUUGGUUCUCUCGCUCUCCAGCCUCUGCAGGGCUCCUCACGAAUCACUUGCAGAUGAGAUGUCUGCUGCCUCAUCUUAAAAAAAAACAAAUAACAUACCUGGGAACUGGCAAUGGAAUUCUUUUCCCCCCUCCUGUCUCCAGCUCCCAGGAACUGUAGCUUUAACAUUUUACCUGGCAAGUGAGCAAAUGUGCAUCAGGAAGGUUUUUGUUGCCUUGGGGCUUUUGGUUGUUUGGAUUUAUCAGAACUCUGAAUAGUUAAAAUCAGAGUAGAAUUUGAAGUAAACAAGAAAAAUCAAACGUUCUACUUAUGCUGUUUGGAGAGGUCACUCUUUGCAGGCAGAAGUGUAAUUUAAAAACUUUUCCAAACCAAUCAAAUGCUGGUGCCAGGAUGCACAUGGAACCUCUUGAAAGAGCAUAAGUGGCUUUUCUCAGAAGGAGAAGUACCUUUUGGUAACCUUUCCACAAGUAUCAAGCUCAUUGGACAACUUCUCCCAUCUGGAAGCAAUAACUGAUGUACAAAACUUCUGCCUUGGAGAUGAACUUUGGGAUCUGUGGGUACUUGCAGUGAUGGUUUCUCUGUGUUGUUUCAAUGAUGCUCUGUUCUCUUUGUGCAGACACCCUGUAACAGAUGCUGCAGUUAAUGGGUCCUCAGUGCUGAAGAUCUCAGAAGCUUUAAAUUGUUUUCUUGAGCACUAAGUGUGAGUUUUGUGUGAGAGAUUUUCUCUUCUGCCUUGCAUUGUGUGAUUCCAAGUUCUACAGCACGUGUGACUCUAAAACCCCAAAGCCAAACAGCCAAUACCCAAACAACCAAGA